AUGCAGGCCCUUGUGCUGCUCCUCUGGACUGGAGCCCUCCUUGGGCAUGGCAGCUCCCAGAACACAGCUGGGAGUCAGGAGGAGGGGUCCCCAGCCCCUGAUACCACGGGGAUGCCUGUGGAGGAGGAGGAUCCCUUCUUCAAGGUCCCUGUGAACAAGCUGGCAGCGGCCAUCUCUAACUUUGGCUAUGACCUUUACCGCGCGAGAUCCAGUAUGAGUCCUGCUGCCAACGUGCUCCUGUCUCCGCUUAGUGUGGCUACGGCACUCUCUGCCCUGUCACUGGGAGCGGAGCAGCGAACAGAGUCCACCAUCCACCGGGCUCUCUACUACGACCUGAUCAGCAACCCAGACAUCCACGGCACCUACAAGGAACUCCUUGCCUCUGUCACUGCCCCCCAGAAGAACUUCAAGAGUGCUUCCCGGAUCGUCUUUGAGAGGAAGCUGCGGAUAAAAUCAAGCUUUGUCGCGCCACUGGAAAAGUCUUACGGGACCAGGCCCAGAAUCCUGAUCGGCAACCCCCGCUUGGACCUCCAGGAGAUGAACAGCUGGGUGCAGACCCAGAUGAAAGGGAAGAUUGCUAGGUCCACAAGGGAAGUGCCUAGUGGAAUCAGCAUUCUCCUUCUGGGCGUGGCUUACUUUAAGGGGCAGUGGGUAACAAAGUUUGAUUCCAAAAAGACUUCCCUCGCGGAUUUCCACUUGGAUGAGGAGAGGACCGUGAGAGUCCCCAUGAUGUCAGACCCUAAGGCCAUUUUACGCUAUGGCUUGGAUUCUGACCUCAACUGUCAGAUUGCCCAGCUGCCCUUGACAGGAAGCAUGAGUAUCAUCUUCUUCCUGCCCCAGAAAGUGACUCAGAACUUGACCAUGAUAGAAGAGAGCCUCACCUCUGAGUUCAUUCAUGAUAUAGACCGAGAACUGAAGACUAUCCAGGCGGUUCUGACCAUCCCUAAACUGAAGCUGAAUGAUGAAAGCGAAGUCACCAAGUCCCUGCAGGAGAUAAAGCUCCAGUCCUUGUUUGAUUCACCAGACUUUAGCAAGAUCACAGGCAAGGCCAUCAAACUUACUCAAGUGGAACACCGGGCCGGCUUUGAGUGGAAUGAGGAUGGGGCAGGGAGUACCUCCAACCCCGGGCUCCAGCCUACCCGACUCACCUUUCCCCUGGACUACCACCUUAACCAGCCUUUCAUCUUUGUACUGAGGGACACAGACACAGGCGCCCUUCUCUUCAUAGGCAAAAUUCUGGACCCCAGAGGCACUUAG